AGCCCUGUCAAUCUGCUGCUGGAUGAGGGCCUCCGCAGACCGUAUGGGUUCUAGGGGUUAUGUGGUUAUACCUCACCAUGUUAGUUAGUGUGGGUUGGUGAAGGUGGGGAUCAUAGAAGUAUAAAACUAUAUUUUGGAUAUUUAUGCACAACCCUCUUGUCGACUGCGUCGCCUUUCAAACAUAUGACUACCUGUGUGUUCGUGUCCUCAGAGUAAAGUGAAUGCAGGCUAGAAACAAGUAGGUGGGUGUUAUAUUGGGGUGCAUUUACGAGAUAACUUGUCAACAUGUGUGUCUUGAAGAUGAUACAAAAAGCUGCUGGCAUCUGGACAUUACAAAUCCGCGUGUUAUCACCUUGCACUUUAGCCCUUUAAAAGGCCAUUGCCAAAUGGCGUGACUUGUUCCAAAGCUCAAACUCCACAACCUUUUGGGCGUGUUUUGACCAAAGCUGCUUUGUUGAAGGCUGCCUUCAUUUCGGAUGAGCAAGAGAACGGGAGAAAUGGUGCUUGGACAUUCCAUGACUAUGAUGCUUAUGAACACACUCCUCGGCCUGGUUCCCUUCUUGGUCCUCAGUACAUGCAGCAUCCACAGCAAUACAGUUAUCAGAACAGUGGCGAGGGGGAAACUACAGGGCUUGCGCAUAAACCUCGGUCAGGGCAUAUCUGUUGAAGCGUUUGUUGGAGUACCCUAUGCCAAGCCGCCUAUUGGGGACCUCCGGUUCAAAAAGCCAGUGCCUUUGGAGAAAUGGGAUGGUGUUUAUAAUGCCACCACCUUCUCACCAGCAUGCUACCAGAAGCCGUGGUUUUUGGAGGAAAUAAGUUUUGGAAAAUUUGACCACUUUGAUGAGGAUUGCCUUUACUUGAACGUAUUCAUCCCAGAGGUGGACACUGCAGAUAAAAUGGCGGUGAUGGUGUGGAUUCAUGGUGGCGCUUAUCGAUACGGGACUGCAGAGGAAUACGAAGGAAGAUUCUUAGCAGCCGCGGGUGUCAUUCUUGUAACUGUAAACUACCGCCUUGGGCCGCUGGGGUGGCUAAGCACUGGAGAUGAGCAAUCCCGAGGAAACUACGGACUCUGGGAUCAACACGCUGCCCUGAUGUGGGUGAAACACAACAUAGAAUCUUUUGGAGGAGACGCAAACCGGGUGACCAUAUUUGGAGAGAGUUCCGGCGGUGGAGGCACAGGCUUGCAUCUCUUCUCUCAGCACAGCCAAGGACUCUUCCAGGCGGCCGUGUCUCAGAGUGGAUGUGCCCUAGCUCAUUGGGCCAUCCUCCUUCCCCCCUGGAAAGCUUCAGAUACAGCAGCUCAGCUGGCAAAUGCCCUGCAGUGUCCAACAUCCCCCACCAAGGACAUGAUCACGUGCUUAAAAACCAAACCCGCAGAGGUGUUUCAUGACGUUGAUGUGAAGGGUCCACCGAUGAUUUCACCUUGGGCACCAGUUAUUGAUGAAGAUUUUAUUGAAAGAAACCCAAGGGAACUUCUCCAGAGGGGUGAACACUCAAAAGUGCCACUGAUGAUCGGAGUGGUGAAGGACGAAUUAGCUGAGGAAUGGCCAGACAGCCCGACCAUGACAAGACUUGAAUUUGAAGAACAGAUGAAAAAUUGGGUAAACAGAUUUCAAGAAAACAAAGAAGCCACUUAUGAAGCACUACUCUAUGAAUACACUGACCACGUCAACCCAGAGGAUGAAGAAAUCAUACGGGAAAAAUUCAUUGAGAUGAAGUCGGACUACGAGUACAUCGCGCCCGCGCUGUACCACGCCGAGGGCCAUGCCCGCGGUGGCUCUGCCACCUUCGUGUACACGUUCAACUACCGCACACACAGCUCCCCAUGGGCCCCGUGGUACGGAGUGCCACAUGGUGAAGAGCUGUAUUAUGAGUUUGGAACACCACUGUGGAACGAUAGCAUGCCCUGCCCUUGGACCUGUGGUGCUAUCACACACUGGCACAACCGACAAUCGUCUUGGCUGGAAUCGGAUAAACAGAUGAGCCACUUCUUUAUUCAACUGGUCACAAACUUCGCAAAAUAUCAAUCCCCGCAUACCCGAGAUGAUUCAAACAUUUUCUGUCAGACUGAAAAUCCACCUCCGUAAAGGUGACCAUAUCACCACAAAACUCUAAUCCCCCCACUGGCUGCCACUUCAGUCCCAGGUCAACUUUAAAGAUCCUCCAGAUUCAUCCUUGCCGACCUCUCCCCACUUGUCUUGAUGUUGCUGCUGCUGUGCUCACACACCACAGAUCUCCUUUGUAAAGUAGCUCGACAACUGUAUAAACUAGAUAAUCUGUGUAACAAAUCACAAACACGAUUUCUCUGCUUCAGCAACGAAGGCAGUCUUUCCAAGCCCAUUCAACCUUUGCUCAGUGAAUGGUUGUUCAUUCUCUUCUGCUGCCCUCAGUCUGGAAUUUCCGUCUCCCAGCCAUUCAUGACUAACUCCGAGCUCAAGUCCAGACCUUCCUCUUUUCAUAUACCUGAAACUGCCUCUAAAUGGCUGUUAAAUAAAUGACAACUCUUUUGUACAGCAUCCUGAAGUGUGGUUGCAUUUAUUACAAUCUAAUUUUAUUUAACUAUGAUACGUCCAAAUUCAUAACUGCAUGAGUCUAGCUCAUGAAUCCCAAGGAAAAAAUCCCAUCAAGCCGUUAUCCUGCUGCCCUCUCCAUGGUGGUACCGCCUGCCACUUCAGUCCAAUUCGUGGCAAAAAAUGUUUCUUAUGGUACCACGUUCCAUAACCUUUCAUUAUUCCCUCUAAAACAGCGGCGCUUCAAGAAGUGUGGUUAUGGGAUUUAGUACCGAUUGAAAGCUGUUGUCGAUGUAAUUCCCAAAGUGCGACAUCGCAACGCCAGUGUGCACCACACAUGCGGUCACUCCUAAACGUGCCAAGGAGAGGCAGCUGGCAUUCCAUGUUUCCAUUUUCCAGGCGAGUUAUGACAUUCAGAAGCAGCAGAUUGGAGAAGGGCAUAUGACCCCACAAAGUGGGCACGAACUGUCACCAAGCAACAGCAAUAUAUUAAUGAGUUGGCACAACUCAGAUGCAGUUAGUUACCAGCUUAAGAUUAUUCACAAUCAGCUCAUUUGUGCUAUGGAACAUUGCCCUAAACAUCCCUCCUCUUUCAAGGUGUUAUUGAAGAAUGUUACAUUUGUGCUUGUGCAGCACUGCCAAUGCAGUAUUACAAAAUAUAUAAAAUAGUGAGGUAAUACAUACUUUUCAAACAUUCGCAUUUGGUAUUUAUCUUUUAAAAGCCUCUUGGAUCAACCCUGCUCCAAUUCCUCGAAGUACAUUGUGGCUCCUUCACAAAAAAGCUAAAUCCUACCAAUGUCCAGGCGCCUGGCUUGUCACAAGAAUAUUCAGUAUAGUACUCUUAAAGAAAAUCUAAGAAAAAAUCACUUUGGGUUCCUUCUUAAAAAAAACAAAUCACGCGACCCAUGACCUGUGUUGCCAGCUGAUCUAUCACCUUCAUGCCCGUGUAUGUUGCUGUCAGUUAUCACUCGUAGCACAGUUCUAAAAGCGAGACCCCAUGUUCCAUUUGGCCUUGCGCUUUAUUUUAAACGAGGGCCCCUAUGUUACUGUCCACUACUUUAAACCUAAUUUCCAUCAAUCGUCUCAAAAGGGAGACCUACACCGGUAUACGUUCACCUAUAAAAGCAAAUGCUGCAGAUCUGCUCAUUCACCCACAACGCUGCACCUACCUGGAACACCUUUGCAGUCCCUUCCGCAGUCAACACGUCCCCCAUAAACUCGCACUCUACAACAUGGACACUUUGCUUAGACUGUUUGAAUGCUUCUGAUUGUUGUUUCCUCCUCAUUUGAGUUUUCCAGUAGCAUUCUCAAUAUUUGUUAGAUUUGCCUGUAAGUGCAAUGACAUUCUGUCAUGUGGCUUGGAUUACAUUACAGAAAUACUGACCAUUGCAUAGACUUGUAACGAUGUGCUUUCUCGCAAUUAUACCACUUGGUAUGACUAUUCGAUGUAACAAACAAUAUUCUUUAGGCUUGUGCUCAAUGCAACACCAGAGUUGGCUGUAGGAGCAUGCGGACUCCUUGCAUUGUACAAAUAGGAAAUUAUACUCUUGCAUGCACGGUUCAACACGUGUCACGAGCGCAGUAUUUGAUUGUGAUUAACCAACCAAUGCCUUCUUACGUUGCCUAACCAAGCAUCCCUUUGCUCAGUGAUCCGACGCCCGCAAUGCUGAACAUGAGCACUGCCUGGCCAACAUUUGAUCUUCGACAGCGCAAAUAUCUACACAUCGACACAACAUCUGAAGCUCGAAGUGACUUGAGGGCACGAGAAAUGUAUUUUUGGAAUAACUAUUUUCCGAAAGUCAUCAACA